UUGGCCCGCCGAAGGCCGGGGCGGAGCCACGCGGAUCCCGCGCUGAGCGGAAGUACGCACCGUGAACUGGCGUGGCAUUGCAGCUAUGGGAGCUCCCGGGGGAAAGAUCAACCGGCCCCGAACGGAGCUGAAGAAGAAGCUGUUCAAACGCCGGCGGGUGCUGAAUCGGGAGCGGCGUCUGAGGCACCAGGUGGUCGGGGCUGUGAUAGACCAAGGGCUGAUCACGCGGCACCACCUCAAGAAGCGGGCGUCCAGUGCACGUGCCAACAUUACUCUGUCAGGGAAGAAGCGCAGAAAACUCCUCCAGCAGAUCCGGCUUGCCCAGAAAGAGAAGGCAGCCAUGGAAGUGGAAGCCCCUUCAAAGCCAGCCAGGACUAGUGAACCACAGCUCAAAAGGCAAAAGAAGACAAAAGCUCCCCAGGAUGUAGAAAUGAAGGACCUUGAAGAUGAGAGCUAAACCUCUUCCAGUAGAAGAUUCUCAACUGGAGCCAGCCUUCAGACUCAGUGGUUGUUUUAGAGGACUUUGACAAAAGCAUUGCCCCUUUUCACUCUCCAGGUUUCCUCCUACCUAAUGGCCUACUGACCUCCCCUAGAGGGAUGUCUUUGGGAGGGAAGAAGGUACAGAAGAAAGAUUGGAGAAGGGCCUGUCUAGCAACUCCAUUUGUAAUAAAGCCCUAGCAAUCUGA